AUUGAAUUAAAAAAAUCCUCUCGCAUAGUUUUUAAUCAAAAUGUCAAGUUGACAAAUAAUCUUGUAGAAAAGUAAAAAAAUCUUCUCAAAAAUAUAUAUACAACAUAAAUGGUUUUCAUAUAAAAUGUAGUGGAUUAUAAUUUGAUUAUCAAUAAUAAACAAAAAAAUAGAAAAUGCCUUGCGUGGUGUGCCAACAUUGUCACAAGCUCUUCAAAAAAGAGGAUGAGAUCACUGUGCAAGAAGGAUACAGCUACCACAAGAAGUGUCACAAAUGCUACGUCUGCAGUGAAACCAACUUGAAGAACGCUGAAGUUUUCAUGGGGGUGAUAUUCUGCUACCGCUGCGCCCAGAGGAUCUUUCGUGGGUGCUGUUCAGCCAGGAGGGCGAAAACUGGAACCAGAGCAAAGGCGGCUGCCAUGGCGAGGGUAAAGAGACGGAACAGGAGUCGACAUCAUCAGUAUAAGAAAGAUGAGAACUCUAAGCAUCACCCGAUUAACGGUGUUCUGGAGCUGACGCAACUGGAGGCGUCCACAGAAUCCGGUAGCAGUCACAGAGCUACAACUAUAGAGAAGAUGAGUAAUUCCUUGAAGUUAAUUGCCAAACCUGCCCAGGGUGUCGAUUGCAGAAUUAUGGAGGAUACUUCCAAGUUCAUGGAAAAGAAGAGCACUGAAAUAGGUGUUACCACUGAGGUGACACAAGAGUUAUUGCGUCAGAUGAAUUGUCCAGUCGUGGAUAACAUCAAAUAUGAAUCCAAAAUACCUGUGGAUAAUAAAUCACCGAAGGAUAAGGGUGACAACAGAUAUAAUAAAACAAUCAUCUGCAGUGAUUUAAGGAUGGCAGAGCUUGGCGUUUCCACUGAAAUAGCACACAUGGCCUUAAGGAAAAAGUCUGAGAUGCCCGUUAUCAUCAAAUCGGAUCACCGACUAAAAGAGCGUGGAUCUUUCAGUCUCUCUGGGUCAAGACGGACAGAAGAUUCUGAUGCUACAGGAUCUAAUAACGUUGAUUGGUUACAAUCCAUAUACUCUUUGAAGGUGUCCGAUAAUCCAAGCUGGUUGGACCGAACAGUUGGCAGUAUACUGAAAAUACCUUAUCGGUUCUUCAAGAAUAAAAUUUUGGAUCGCAGUUCACGUAUAGGUGAAGAGAGUAGGAAGAGUACUAGUGAAAUGGUAAAAAAUGUCAAACUUUUAUUCUACAAUGAGAUCACUAGACAUCAACAUCGAGGUGUAAAGAGACUCUAUUCGACAAUCAAUAGACGAAGCACUCCGUAUAAAUUGGGAUGGUUGAACCUUGUAUCAAAAGUGUCUGCAGUUAUAAAUCCUGCAGGGACGAUAAGGCAACAGAUAAAGGAACCUAAGAGGUGCAUACACUUCAGGAGUUCGCACAGUUACCGCUGUAUGAGAGCCCAAGUCAUGAAACAAGCUGGACCCACUAAAAGCGAAUUGGCAAUUAUAAGAAGUAAAUUGAAAAACAUAUUGUUUGCACCGAGUUAUCUCGCGAACUACUAUUAUACAAAACCCAUGCCGGCUGUGAUGUCACAAGCAUGCGGAACUCACUCGCACCAACUGAACAUGCAGAGUCUAACCAAAAACAUUAUAGCCGUUUGAUGAAAAAAAGAUAUUGUAUAUAUUAACAUCCAAAUAAAAAAAAAACAGUGCCACAUCAACUAAAAUCUCACCAGGAACUAGCUCCAUUUAACUAUCUCUAAUACAAUCAUCAUUCUCAAUAAAUGAUUUGUCCUUGAUCGGGAUCUUUUUUUG